AUGCAUGAUCGUUUCCCUGAUUUAAAAUCGUUGAAAAAGUCAAGCGAGGAUAAAUAUUCUUGGAGAAAUAUUGGAGAAUGGCGUACACGAUACUCUAAGCUAUAUUCUACGCCAAGUACAUCGCUAAAGUCUAAAGAAGAUGAGAGCCGUAUUUCAUUCAUGGCCAAUGAAACCGAUCCUUACGCAAUGCUUCUGCAAAAGAUGAGAUCCCUAGGGUUUAACGAGGAUACGAAAUCAAAGGAAUCCUCCACACAAAGCCUGUCGACUUUUGUGUCGGCACUCAAUGAAAUGUACGACUUGAAGAGGAACAGUGAACUAUUCCAGGACUUGGGUGUUCACGAUACGAUGCUAUUAAAUUUAGUACGACAGCAAAGUUCUGAAUUGAGAGAGUCCCAAGACCAAACCGUUGAGUUACCACGAGAACAUCAGAAUGAUUCUGAAAGUGAAACAAACGAACCUUGUAAUCACGGCCUGAGCAUUCGUAUGACGGAUCGUAGCGUAUCACGUUCGAGAUUCUCAAGAGUAUCAACACGGCGUGACAUGGACAUCCCUUCGAUACUCGCAUACAGCGCCAAUAUAUCUGCACCGCCACAACCGGGUUUACCAGCUUUCGAAAAAAAACCCUCCGUCCAUCCUGUAGAGCUACCAAAGUGGUCUGUACGCCGCUCAGUCUGCCCCGUUUGCUCACAGAAAUGGAAAGAUAAAAGCUUUUUGAAAAAUAUUAAAUAUUCUGGAUUGAAACGAAAUUCGUCUAUUUUAUUACCGUCGGUGGUGGCACCAGCACGACUAAGGAUCAUCCGAGAAUAUGCUCCCCGGCCGUUAUCUUCAGAUAUUAGAGAAAUCAACCCAUCUCGCGGUUCUUUUCGCAACUCAAGUGGAUCCUGGCAAUUAGUUCGAGCUCGUCGUAUUCGAAUACCCAAAUCCCUUUUGCCCAUGGAAGAAAAAAAAACUUCUAACUCUAAUGUAACCCGCAGUAAAAUUAAUAUAGAACAACGACUGCAAAAGUUUUUAUCAACUAACCACGAAUAA